AUGGAACUUACAAUGGAAAACAUUGGGAAUCUACACGGCGUAUCUCACUCUCAUCAACCGGGGGACUUGAUGAGCUCCCCUCACGGGCGGCAGCCCUCGGCAUCGCAUCGGAACUUGGUGUCGCACGGACGGUCAGCGAUGGUGUCCAGCAUGGCUUCGAUUCUGGAAGGGGCCGGGGAGUACCGGACAGAUCACACGUUGUCCGGUCCCCUUCACCCUGCGAUGACAAUGUCGUGCGACUCCGGAAUGAGCCUGAGCAGCACUUACACCACGCUGACCCCGCUGCAGCACCUGCCCCCCAUCUCCACCGUCUCGGAUAAGUUUCACCACCAUCCCCACUCGCAUCCGCAUCACCACCCAGCACAUCAGCGCCUCACCGCCGGCAACGUCAGCGGCAGCUUUACGCUCAUGCGGGACGACCGGAGUCUAGCCUCUAUGAGCAAUCUGUACGGCCACUACCCCAAAGACAUGUCCGGCAUGGGUCAGCCACUGUCGCCGCUCUCCAACGGCCUCGGUUCUUUGCACAACUCCCAGCAAACUCUUUCUGCCUACGGCCCGGGCGCCCAUCUCUCAAAUGACAAGAUGCUCAGUCCGGGGGGCUUCGAGUCCCACGCAGCCAUGCUGUCCCGGAGCGAGGAGCACUUAGCCCGAGGUUUAGGGGGACACGGGGCAGGAAUGAUGUCAACUCUAAACGGCAUGCACCACCACGGCCACCCGCACUCUCAGGCUAACGGCUCCAUGCUUUCUGAGAGGGACAGGCAGAGCGCGGGGGGCGGACAGGGCACCGGGUCGGGGCAGGUGGAAGAGAUCAACACAAAGGAGGUGGCGCAGCGGAUAACGGCGGAGCUCAAACGCUACAGCAUCCCUCAGGCCAUCUUCGCCCAGCGGAUCUUGUGUCGAUCCCAGGGCACCCUAUCUGACCUGCUGCGGAACCCUAAACCGUGGAGUAAACUCAAGUCUGGCCGCGAGACCUUCAGGAGGAUGUGGAAGUGGCUGCAGGAGCCGGAGUUUCAGCGCAUGUCAGCUCUCAGACUAGCGGCCUGCAAGAGGAAGGAGCAGGAGCAGCACAAGGACCGGAACCUGGCCCCCAAAAAGCAGCGGCUGGUCUUCACCGACCUGCAGCGCCGCACCCUUAUCGCCAUCUUCAAGGAGAACAAGCGGCCCUCCAAGGAGAUGCAGAUCACCAUCUCCCAGCAGCUGGGCCUGGAGCUCAACACCGUCAGCAACUUCUUCAUGAACGCCCGCCGUCGCUGCGUCGACCGCUGGCACGACGACCACACCCACGGCGCCAGCCCCGGGCAGCCGGGCACCUCCGCCACCACCUUCUCCAAAGCCUGA